AUGCACCACAACUGCACACCUCAGAUCAUUCGCCCAGACGUAAAGUCUAGCAAUAUCUUGUUGGACUCUGAAUUCCACGCAAAAAUUGCAGAUUUAGGACUGGCUAAGAUGUUGGCUAAGCAGGGAGAGCCUCACACAAUGUCUGCGUUGGCAGGCUCCUUUGGCUAUUUUGCUCUGGGAAAGAAGCAUUCACAAACUGAUAAUUUUUGUUCUUUUGAUAACACAAAUUGUAGCAUCCGCAUCAACAUAAUUCUUUUAUUUCAUUGCAGAGUAACUGCAGAUGGAUUGCAGGGAACAAAAGCUGAAGAGAGUGCAAAUAGUUCUCUGGGAUCUAAAACUUCCGUGAAUGUGCAGGAGUUGCAGGGCGUAGAAACUGAAGCAAAAUCCAGAGGUAGCCUCCAAGGGGUGGGCUUCCAAGGUGGAGAGCUUUGGUAUAAAUCAUUUGGAAGCAUACUGAGAUAA